CUGCUUUGUAGGAGGUGGUCUGAGGUAGCGAACACGGUUUCAUUGUUUUCUUGAUGCCACAAUCACCAUGCAACCUGGUCUUUCUAAUUUCCUUCCUCUGAAUAAUUAAUUAAUUAAUUUUUGAGUAUUCUCCUGCGUGUGCCCUUCUCCUUCAGGGGUUCUUGGGGUCAUCGUUUGGAGGAGAAUCGGAGUAUUUCCGGCACCUUUGGAGGGUGAAAUCUUGGUCGGGAGCUCCGAAAAUGUCCUCUACAUCCCCUUCUCCGUCAGAUUCCCCACCUUCACCACCAUCUUCAUCUCCACCACCCUCAUCACCACCUCCCUCAUCUCCACCUCCAUCUUCACCUCCUCCAUCAUCUCCUCCACCAUCAUCGCCGCCUCCCUCAUCACCUCCACCGUCAUCUCCGCCACCAUCUUCACCACCUCCAUCGUCAUCAUCAUCUCCUCCUCCAGCCUCCCCACCUCCUUCGUCACCUGCUCCACCACCGCAAGACUCCGAUUCCUCUCCACCACCUCCACCGUCUGGUUCGCAAUCAUCUCCACCGCCUCCUCCUCCGCCUUCUGGAGGAAAAGGUGACUUCCAUCCACCACCGCCACAGCCACACCAAUCUUCCUCUGAUGGCGAUUCACCGCCUCCUCCACCGCGAUCAUUGUCCCCAUCGAAAAGCUCGCCGCACUCAAACUCUAAUGAUUCUCCGUCGGGUGGUUCGGGCUCUUCCAAUACGGGUCUCAUAGUAGGAGUUGCGGUUGGGGCAGUGUUCCUGCUUCUUGUCCUGGUUGCGAUCUUCGUCGCAUGCACUAAAAAGAAAAAGAAAAGACCGCCCACGUCGUCGUAUUACGCGGAUAGCGGACCCCAAGGAGGUCAAUAUUACAACCAUACACCACACAACAAUAACAAUUGGCAAACCGGACCCAAACCUAACGACCACGUAGUGACAAUGAAUUCAGGCAAUGCCGGUGGUGGUUGGCCAAUGCCACCGCCGCCGCCACCGCACAUGUGCAGCAGCGACAUGAGUUCCAAUUUCUCCGGUCCACAUGGUCCUCCUCUGCCUCCCCCGCCACUUCCACCAUCUAUGGGAUUCAACAAGAACGCUUUCACAUACGAAGAGCUAGCCUCUGCUACAUCCGGGUUCGCCCAGUCUAAUUUAUUGGGUCAAGGCGGGUUCGGGUACGUCCACAAAGGAGUCCUGCCAAAUGGCAAAGAGGUGGCUGUCAAGUGUCUCAAAUCGGGUAGUGGACAAGGAGAUAGAGAGUUUCAGGCCGAGGUUGAAAUUAUUAGCCGAGUUCAUCAUCGCCACCUUGUUUCGCUUGUUGGUUAUUGCAUUGCAGGUGGUCAAAAAUUAUUGGUUUACGAGUUUCUUCCCAAUAACAACCUCGAAGCUCAUCUUCACGCGCCAAAGGAUCGACGUGCAUUGGACUGGGCCACUAGGUUCAAAAUUGCAAUGGGAUCGGCCAAAGGACUAGCUUACCUGCAUGAAGAUUGCCAUCCUCGCAUUAUUCACAGAGACAUUAAAACUUCGAAUAUUCUACUUGACUUUAAUUUUGAACCUAAGGUGUCGGAUUUCGGCUUGGCAAAGCUUAGUCAAGACAACAACACCCAUGUGUCUACUCGCGUCAUGGGAACAUUUGGGUACUUGGCUCCUGAGUACGCUUCAAGCGGAAAGCUAACAGACAAAUCCGAUGUUUUCUCAUUCGGUGUUAUGCUAUUGGAACUGAUAACUGGACGACGUCCUGUGGACACUACUGGUGAUUAUAUGGAGGACAGCUUGGUUGAUUGGGCUAGGCCAAUUUGUGUUCGUGCUUUGGAGGAAGGAAACUACGAUCAGUUAGUGGACCCACGUUUGGAGGACGACUAUGACAAGCUUGAGAUGGCACGCAUGGUGGCUUGUGCUUCUGCAAGCAUUCGUCAUUCUUCAAGAAGACGACCCAAGAUGAGCCAGAUUGUGCGUGCACUGGAAGGUGACGUGUCACUGGAAGAUUUGAACGAGGGAGUGAAACCAGGGCAAAGCUCAUAUUUUAGUGGCGGUACCUCAAGCAGUUCUGAUUACGAUGCUAGCUCAUACAGUGCUGACAUGAAGAAGUUCAGGAAAAUGGCAUUGGACAGCCAGAACUAUGCAAGCAGUGAAUAUGGGGCUACCAGCGAGUACGGCCUAAAUCCUUCCUCCAGUAGCGAAUCCUCCGGCGAGAUCGGCAGGAAAGCCUCUCGGGUGCAGAAUUAACAUUUUGAAGAUUAUUCGCAUAAUCAUAACAUGCUGGUUUUUAAUUUGAAUUAAUGGCGAAAAAUUGACAGAUUUUUUCUUUUUUUUUAUAAUUUUUAUUUUCUUCUAAUUUUUCGACGCAUUUUAUUCGCACCGUCUUGUAUUUUGACAUGCUGACUACAAGUCGAAAAUGAAUUAAUAUUUGAACAAGAAUGGUGGUCACGUUACCAACUGAAACGCCGUCGUCAAGAGUCUCAUGGUUGAUGGUUCUCACUGGUGUAUUUAUUAAUUUGUAUAUUUUAUUGUUUCUUUAAGGAAAAAAGAAAAACAUGGGAAGGGAUUAAUUAUACAGC